ACGUAACGAGGGAGAGAGUAGAACAUUAUUUUCCAAGAUGGCGACGACCAUAGACAGCAGCAAUGCCGUACAGGCGACAAGCAAAAAGCAUCUCGGAAUCCCCGAAGCAAUAUUUGUGGAGGAUGUCGAGUCGUUUAUGAAGCAGCCAGGCAACGACACCGCAGACGCCGUACUGAGGAAACUGGAUGAACAGUACCAGAAAUACAAAUAUAUGGAGCUCAACUUGGCGCAGAAGAAACAAAGGUUGAAAAGCCAGAUCCCACAGAUCAAGCAGACUCUAGAAAUCCUUCGACACAUGCAGAAGAAGAAGGAAACCACAGACCCGAUGGAGACACACUUCCUAUUGGCUGACAACGUUUACUGCAAGGCGUCAGUCCCGCCCACCGACAAAGUGUGCCUGUGGCUAGGGGCCAAUGUGAUAGUUGGAGUAUGAACAGUUCGACGUAGGCCCA